AAUAAAUUGCAAUUAAAGGUGGGGUGUUUGGUCGCCAAAAAAAAAAGAAAAAAAAGUGGCAGGUGGUGAUGGAAAAAAAUUCCUUGGCACUUCUUGCUUUGUAACGAGUGAACCCAAAACGUGAAGAAAAUUUUUGUGGAACGUCUUGGGAUGCCUGUUUAUGUGAGAUCCCCACCAGAAAUCACUUCUUGGCCAGCUUCAUGUUUUGACUCGCUUCUCUCUUAUAUAUUAGGGUGGUGAUGAUGGAGUUUUUUGUCAGUCGUCAAGUCGUUGCCAGUGGGUCAACAUAUUUUGUUAUUGUGUACCUCUUCCUUCCCAUUUCUUGAUUUUCUUUCUGUGAGUGCGCCCUUUUGACUUCACACAGGUAGGAUUAAGAGACGAAAAUACAUAAUAAGUAUACCCAGAUUGGUUUCGAGAUAAGGCGAAGAAGUGAAGACAAAAAUGCAAAAGUUCGUGGCUUUGUAUCUUCUGGCCGCUUUUGUGGGAAGCUCAGUGGCCCAGUUCAAGAAUGGUCGUAUCCUGGAGCCCCCAGUUCCCGAUAGGUGUGCUCAGAGAAUAAUUCACGAAAGGGCACCCGAUGGUAAAGGGUACUACUUCUCGUGGAAGGAUCCCGCUUAUCAGGGUAAGGAGAAGGACUGGCUGGCAGUACGUAACUUCUGUCGGCAGAUGUGCAUGGAUUCCGUGUCACUCGAAACAAGCCCCGAGAAUGAGUGGAUAAAGCAAAAGAUCGUGGAAGCAAAGAUUAAAUAUAUCUGGACUAGUGGCCGCAUCUGUGACUUCCCUGGCUGCGAGAGGCCCGAUCUGCAACCCACAACCAUUAAUGGAUGGUUUUGGACGGCUGAACUGCAGAAACUUGCACCCACAACUGAUCGCCAGCAGAACGAUUGGUCUGAGGGUGGUGGCAUCGGACUGCCACAGCCUGACAAUCGUGAAUUGCAGCAAGGUGGUGCCCGCGAGAAUUGCAUAGCUGUCCUCAAUAACUUCUACAACGACGGUGUUCACUGGCACGACGUUGCGUGCCAUCACGUGAAACCAUGGGUCUGCGAGGAGAAUGAUGCCCUCCUCAAAUACGUGCGCUACACAAAUCCCAACCUGAGAAUCUAAGACCACAAAAUGAUCUUCGUCCGCGCUUCCUUCAGUGCGGAAAACAAUCACACAAAGUUUUUUUUUUACAACACACCCACAUUGCUACCAAAUUCUCUUCCUUCUUUACGCGAGGAAUCACGCAUGACUUUUUCUUCUCAAACUCAAUGAGAAAUUAAUUUAUAUUAUAACAUUAAAAUUUUAGAGAGAUUCCGCAAGAAAGUAAAUACACCGUAGCUGCCAUCCACGAUAGAAUUGCAGAGAAAUCUUUUUUUCUUAGUUUUUAAAGAAAUAAAUGUAGAUUUUAUAAUAAAAAAAGUAUUCGUUUUUUUUUAUACGUGUAACUCUCAAAUUUGAAUAAUUUAUUUAUUUUUUAUAUGCUCGUCCUUUUUUGCGGUGCAUUUUGAGAUAGAACAUUGUGUGCAAAAAUGAACACAGCAUUAGUUAUAAUUUUUUAUAUUCUCUAGCAUUUUUUCUUCUCCAUUUAUUUUAGCUAAGCGAAUUCAUUUUAUUCGAUUGCAUACAACAGAAAAAAAAAAGAAUUAUGCACAGAAACUAAAAGAAAAAUAAAUUAUUUACUUUCUCAACAACA